AUGAAAAGUUUUGAAACUUUCAAGAAUGUUUGUCUAGUGAUAGCUCAUCCAGAUGAUGAGUCUAUGUUUUUCACUCCUGUAAUAAAGCAGGUGUGUGGGGAAGGCACCAAAGUCCAUUUAUUAUGUUUGACAAACGGUGAUUAUUAUGGUUUUGGUAAGCUUAGAGAAAAGGAGUUAUUCGAAGCUUGUAAUGCACUAGGUAUAUUGGGAGACAGAAUUAGAGUGAUAUCUAGUGAACAAUUUCAAGAUCAACCAAAUGAAAAGUGGCCUUGUAAUGAUGUAAUCAGUGAAAUUGAAUCCUUUGUGGACGAAUUUGAUAUAGAUACUAUUAUAACAUUUGAUGAGUUUGGUAUUUCUGGACAUAUUAAUCACAUUUCCACAAAUGAAUCUAUCAAAGAAUGGAUUAAAGGAUCAAGAAGAGAUAAGUACCCCAAAGUUUAUGUGCUUGAAACAUCUAAUUUGUUCGUUAAGUACUCUGGUAUACUUUCUUUACUUUACUUGUAUAUAUUUCCCAAAAAUGGAUGGUAA